CGCAUGCGCGCAAAUACAAGCUCAAAGCUUGCGAUGAUACAGGAUCUACUUGAAGGCAUUCUUGAUGAAUCGUUAUCAUGAGCUUCUACAUACCACAGACGUAUCAUACUUGUCAAGAAUAUUUCACUUUUGCGACCAGCUUUCAUAAAGCUUGCAGCCCUGAACGACAUCUCCCGACAACAGAAUGCACGGGGGGAAAAGAGGUUUGGUGGCACCGCAGAACACUUUUUUGGAGAACAUUGUCCGGCGCUCAAGUGAAACAAGUUUCCUGUUGGGCAACGCCCAGAUAGUGGAAUGGCCAGUAGUAUACAGUAAUGAUGGAUUUUGUAAGCUGUCGGGGUACCACAGGGCAGAAGUCAUGCAGAGGAGCAGUACAUGCAGUUUCAUGUAUGGGGACCUGACAGACAAGAGCACAAUAAAUGAAAUCAGGCAGGCCUUUGAUAACUAUGAAUCCCAAUGCUUUGAAGUGCUGCUCUAUAAGAAGAACAGGACACCCAUAUGGCUCUACAUGCAGGUUGCUCCUAUCAGGAAUGAGAAUGACAAGGUGGUUCUGUUCCUGUGUACCUUCAAAGACAUAACUGUCUUUAAGCAGCCUAUUGAGGACGAAUCCACCAAGGGAUGGACCAAGCUUGCCCGGUUGACGCGGGCACUGACCAGCAACAGCCGUGGCAACAUGCAACAGCUGACCUCCAUGAACCAGGUCAAUGAGGUCAGCCACAAGCACUCCAGACUGGCUGAGGCUCUCCAGCUUGGAUCAGACAUUCUUCCCCAGUACAAGCAAGAGGCUCCCAAGACCCCGCCCCACAUAAUACUUCAUUACUGCACCUUUAAGACCACCUGGGACUGGGUGAUCCUCAUCCUCACCUUCUAUACAGCCAUCAUGGUUCCCUACAAUGUCUCUUUCAAGACAAAGCAGAACAAUUUGGCCUGGCUAGUGCUGGACAGUGUUGUGGAUGUCAUCUUUCUGGUGGACAUCGUGCUGAACUUCCACACAACCUUUGUUGGCCCUGGUGGAGAGGUCAUUUCGGACCCAAAGCUGAUUCGAAUGAACUACACAAAGACCUGGUUUGUCAUUGACCUGCUCUCCUGCCUGCCCUAUGACAUCAUCAAUGCCUUUGAAAACGUGAAUGAGGAUCCAAUCUCAGACCCUUCAGCAGUAAGGCGCCUGCGAGAGUCAUCCAGUUCUCAGAGGAACACCACCAGGGCAGAAGACUCAGUGCUCCCAGGCCUCAGCAGCCUCUUCAGCUCAUUGAAGGUGGUCCGACUUCUACGCUUGGGCCGAGUUGCCCGGAAGCUUGACCAUUACCUGGAGUACGGGGCAGCCGUGUUGGUUCUGCUAGUGUGCGUCUUUGGCUUAGUGGCCCACUGGCUGGCCUGCAUCUGGUACAGCAUUGGGGACUAUGAGGUCAUUGACGAAGCCACCAACACCAUCAAGACAGAAAGCUGGCUCUACCAGUUGGCCACCAGCAUAGGCUCACCCUACCGCUACAACACCAGUGGCUCAGGCCAGUGGGAAGGUGGCCCGAGCAAGGACACUCUCUACAUCUCCUCCCUCUACUUCACCAUGACCAGUCUCACCACCAUUGGCUUUGGCAACAUCGCUCCCACAACAGAUGGCGAGAAAAUCUUCUCUGUGGCAAUGAUGAUGGUGGGCUCCCUACUGUAUGCCACCAUUUUUGGAAACGUCACCACCAUCUUCCAGCAGAUGUACACCAACACUAACCGCUACCAUGAGAUGCUCAACAAUGUGCGUGACUUUCUCAAACUUUACCAGGUGCCAAAGGGUCUGAGUGAGAGGGUCAUGGAUUACAUUGUGUCUACUUGGGCCAUGUCCAAGGGCAUUGACACAGAUAGGGUCCUGUCAAUCUGUCCCAAGGACAUGCGAGCAGAUAUUUGUGUCCACCUUAAUAGACAGGUGUUCAAUGAGCACCCAGCAUUUCGACUGGCCAGUGAUGGCUGCUUGCGCUCUCUAGCUGUUGAGUUUCAAACCACACACUGCGCCCCAGGGGACCUCAUAUUCCACGCUGGCGAAAGUGUGGACACUCUGUGCUUUGUAGUAUCCGGCUCACUUGAAGUUAUUCAGGAUGACGAAGUCAUCGCCAUUCUAGGUAAGGGAGAUGUGUUUGGGGAUGUCUUCUGGAAGGAAGUCAAUCUGGCACAUGCUUGUGCCAAUGUGCGGGCUCUCACUUAUUGCGACUUGCAUGUCAUUCAGAGAGAUGCUCUACUGAAGGUGUUGGAGUUCUACACUGCUUUUGCCAACACAUUCUCCAGAAACCUAAUUCUCACCUGCAAUUUGCGCAAACGAAUAAUCUUCAGGAAAAUUGCUGAUGUGAAGCAGGAAGAGGAAGAGCGCCGGCGGCAGAAGAAUGAAGUGUCUCUCUCCAUUCCUGUUGACCACCCGGUUCGCAAGCUCUUCCAGAGGUUCAGGCAGCAGAAAGAGAUUCAAAAGCCGAUCCAAACGCAACUUAACCUGGAGCACAACCGACGUCAGAUCGAGAAACCCCACAUCAACCUUCCACAUCAGCAGUGCCAGAAUCACCCUUUGCAACACCAAAAUGGCACCCCGAUGCAGAAUUGGGCAACUGGAACAGGCGAAGGCACUACCAGCGGUGGCACCAGGGUAGUUACAGUCUCCCAAAUGACACCCUUGCCGAGUUCACAAGCCUGUGUCUCUACUGGGGACCGCAUUCACACUGGUUGUCAUGAGGCCAUAGAGCUCAAGCCCAGUGUGGUGAACCAAAACUGCCUGAGGGUCACCAGUGUGCAGCCCAGGGGUGAUGGAGGCAGUCGGGGCUGGAUGCGGUUUAAGAAUUCUACUCUGGCGGGGGUGUCCCUGGCUCCUGACCAACCUGAAAGGUCACAGCAGAAAGAAGAGGAGGAAUGGGUCGACGUGUCCCAAUCCUCAGAAGUGUUGACUGAUGACAGCAAAAGCCAGGAGGCCGAAGGCGGCGAGAUCAGCAGCGGGGGUGGGAGCAGCGCGGGAGAGGGGGGAGAGGAGAAGAACGCACUUCACAAGACAGACUCGUGUGACAGUGGCAUCACCAAGAGUGAUCUUCGGAUUGACAGGGCAGGAGACGCGCGAAGCCUCUAUGAGCGGAGCCCACUAGGUAGAAGUCCUUCUGAGCACAUCCCCGGGGUUGGGAGUGAGUGCAUGUCUUUCCAACCGGUGUCAGAACAAGCGUUGCUCCAGUCUUCUCUCCAGGAGGCCAAGCUGGAGCUGAAGGGAGAUAUCAAGAUGCUGAGCGGCCGUCUGUCAACACUUGAAGCUCAAGUAGGUGAAAUCCUGAGAUUGUUGUUGGAGAAUAGGAGGCUCUCACUGAGGCAGACAUCGAACCCCAAGACUAAGAUCAAAAGCCAGGAUAUCUUCACAGUGUCAACAUCCGACACACCAGACAUGCAGAGGGACAAUGGACCCUUUUGAAUGACUCAAAAAUAUUGAUCUAUUUUUAUUUGUACAGAUUUUCGUGGCCAAGCGUUUUCUUUAAUGGACAAGAUGAGGAAACAGGACACAGCAUUUAGGAUGGAAAUACAGUGCCCUGCAUACAUAUUGGGACUUUGGCUCAAUAAUAUACCGUUUGAUUUAAAAUGAAACCAUUGCCAUGAGGUUGAUUUACAGCUUUUAUUUGAUGUUAUUUGUGUACAAAUGGUGGUUUUACCAUUUAGAAAUGACAACACUACCCUCUUUCAGGGCAUUAAAGUAUUAGGAUAAUUCACCUGACAGCUGUCUCUGGUUUAUCAGAUGCGAUCCGUCACAUAAUUUGUUCAGGCAUAAGAGAGCCGUCAGUCUGUUGUCUUGAUUCUAGGUUUUGCAUUAGUCUUAGAAGUCUUCUGUCAACCUGAGGACAAAAACAGGUGUCGAUCAAAGUCAAGAAACCUAUUAUGAUGAUGAAUGUCUGUAACAGGUUAGGGACAUAAUUUUUAUUUUUUAAAUAACCAGCUGGUGAAUGCUGUUCUUGUAAGGAAAGUCACAAAACGCAUAAAGUAUAGGUUCUGAGGCACACUUACACUCACCCUACUGCUUUCCACUCCCCAUAAGAUGUACUAUAGGCUACACAAAAUAAAUAUACUGUCUAUGGUAGCUUUAUGUGACUCAAAAUAACCUAAACAGCCAUCUUAAGUUUAUUUAAGGUACAUUUAAAUUGGUACUGUAAUACAGUGGGUAUUACAGACCGGUGAACAUGACAAUAGUAAUAUUUAUUAAGGUUUCAUAACAUGAAGCACUUGCCCCGAAUCUGAUUUUCUUUUUAUCUCUGGAUGUUAUCAGAUCUUUAAACAAAUGUAAUAUUCGAUAUAGGAAACCAAAACGUAUUCAGCCAUGUUAUACAAUAUAGUAAAAUCGAAUUCAUUGUAAGUGUAUUGAUUUGUGCUCACUAAUAGAAAUUCUUCAUUUCUUUGUACACUCAGUAUCUCUUUUAAAUAUUAGGGUAUAAAAUAUGCAGAAAUAGAGAAAAUCAGAAAGAGGGAAAAUACUUUGUUCUCCUGGCACUGCAUCAAACAAUACUUUCAGAUAAUAGGUAACAUUUGCAAUGGUCUUAUUGAGUGGUUAUAAUGACCUUAUUCAGAUCUUUUUGAUCAUUUAUCUUAUUUUACGUUUUUAAACGAGUAAUUUUCUUAAUUUCAAUGCAUUUAUUUCAACAAAAAUGUUGAAGUUCAGCAAAAGUUUUUCAUGUUAUUCCAUUAUAUUUUCAUAUAACAUAAUAACCCUUACCAGAUGUUAUCGACACACUUCAGUGAUUGUCCAUGCAUGGUAGACAUUAGAUGUUAAAUGCUAUCCAUAAUACCUUGGGUUUAAAAAACAGUAAAGCAGGUAUGCUCAAAGAAAUGUGAUAGUAUGGCCAGAUGAUUUUCUAAUGUACCUAAUGCCUAUGAAGUACAUUAUAUAAAGGUAUUUUUAAGGUACCACAUAUUUUAAAGUGGUAGAUCUAUUAACAUUUAUUAAUGAGUUAUGAACAUUUACCUUUUUUUUUUAUGUUUGGGUUCCUGGGACAGAGCACCAAUGCGUCACCCCCAAAAGUGGGAAAAUUACUCAUGUUAAGCAUUGAAAAUAAAGUAUGUGAUGAUGAGCAUGAUGAUACAUAAGGGUUCAGAUUAUACCAUUUGUAAAAACAUUUGUAAAUGGUUAAUAACUUGAAACAAAUAUUGGCUUAUUUUUUGGCAACACCAUCUAGUUACAGUACAUUUGAAACAAUGAGAUAUAACCAUUUAUGAAAAACAAACAAUCUAUAUCCCUGACAGAGGUAAUUGUAAUGCCUUUAUCGAAUCUUUACAAAUGUUACAUUAUUAUAAAGUGUUACAUCAAGGUAAAAUUUUGAAUGUUGAAAACUUUUGAUAUGUCAGUAUGGGCACCACUAAUUCCAAAGUGAGUGUUUAUUUUAUCUCACUUCAGAUCAAAUAAUCAAGGGUGCUGUUUGAUAUAUUUUUUUUAAAGUUUCCUCAGUUUGUUUACAUGAUUGCGUCAUAUUUAUGUGAUAAUACUUGUGGAUACUACUGCUGAUGCUUGAAUAGAUGCAUGCUUCAGAAUAUUUAUUAAUAGAAUACAAUAGAGCAUUCCCUUCUGUGUUCCAUUUUGCACACUUGGAUUUGGACUCAUGUCCAACCCUCCAAUGCUCCAAUUCAAUGUACAUCUUAAAGUCUGUUAGUGUAAAUACACAUUAGUCCAGCUGGAUUCUGGCCUGCCAAAACAUUUUUAAAGAAACUUUUGGACUACAACUACUUGUACAUUUAGGAUUAGGGUUUAUGAAUGCAGUUGACUGCAUUUAUAAAUAAUUUUAAGCUACAGAUUUUUCACAGUAAAUUACCAUAUAUAUUAAUGUAUGUUUUUUUUUUUUAACUAGGUUGGUCUCAAUGGGGCCAGAUUUGUGAAUGUUAGCAAGUUUCAAGUCUUAAUUAGCAUGUUUAAACUUAGAUCUACAAAUCCUGGACCUGAACAAACCUUAUCUCUUCAGUCUACAAGGACACCUAGCAUGCAGAAGUUCUGGGUUUCAUGGAGAAAUGGAAAUGCACAGCAGGUUCCUGGGUUCAAGCAACCUGCUCUGCAGUUAGAUAGUACAUUGACAAUGGUCAGACUCACUACAUUAUCUCUUGAUAAGGUAGUAAUUAAAAAAUAUAUAUUCUUAUCAUGUUUUUGUUCAAACAUCAUAAAUUGUAAACUCUUGUAACAAAAUUUUCUCUGAGUUUCCUACUGUAACAUGGUUGGGUGGUUUCGGGAAAAUGUUAUUAUUUCUCCAGUAGAACCAGAAUUAUUACUCUGAUAGCACUGGUAGUUGUCAAAGUGACACACCAUCUUCCUCCUCCUCCACAUUUAGUGGACUGGUUGAAGAGCGCAGAAGAGAACUAUCCAGAGACAUAUUUUCCUUCUUGCCAAGACAAGUACAUGGAAGAUGUCAUUCCAGGUUAGACAGUGCUAGAUGUGUGGCCUGCCUGCCGCCAAAUGAUUCCUAUCCACAAACCCCUCUAUCAGCUGCAGCUGACAACUGUAGAAGUUAAGGCUUAAGUAUACUGUCUUAUGUAGUUACAUACUGUAUGCAGUAUAUUUCAUUGGAAAAUACUUGUCAAACAAUUUGCUGAUGAAAGUUAUUAAAACACAUGCCAAAUAUGAAUUGACUCACAGGUGUCAGUUGUAUAUUAGCAUUUCUUAACUUAGUGUGUUUCACAGGGAAUUGCUGAAAACACCCUGUCACGCCUGUUAGGAAGUCCAGGAUCAAGUUGCUGAGGAAGGUGUUCAGUCUCUGGGUCCUGUGCUAAUAAGUUUGGAAGUUAUAUUGGUAUUGGGUACUGAGCUGUUGUCAAAUAACAGCCUUCUCAGAUAGGUAUUCCUCUUGUCCAGGUGGGAUAGGGCAGUGUAGAGUAUCAUUUCUGGAUCUGUUGGGGCGCUAUGAAAUUGCACAUUUCAUAACUACACAUUAGUGCUGCUGGAAAACAGUAAUUUAAGACCUUUGGGUCCUAUGGUGGUCAGCUUGAAGUUGGUUGUUAAUAGAGCACUAUGGUGGUCAGCUUGAAUUUGGUUGGUAGUAGAGGACUAUGGUGGUCGGCUUGAAGUUGGUUGGUAGUAGAGGACUAUGGUGGUCGGCUUGAAGUUGGUUGGUAAUAGAGCACUAUGGUGGUCAGCUUGAAGUUGGUUGGUAAUAGCACACUAUGGUGGUCGGCUUGAAGUUGGUUGGUAGUAGAGGACUAUGGUGGUCAGCUUGAAGUUGGUUGGUAAUAGAGGACUAUGGUGGUCAGCUUGAAGUUGGUUGGUAGUAGAGGACUAUGGUGGUCGGCUUGAAGUUGGUUGGUAGUAGAGGACUAUGGUGGUCAGCUUGAAGUUGGUUGGUAAUAGCACACUAUGGUGGUCGGCUUGAAGUUGGUUGGUAGUAGAGGACUAUGGUGGUCAGCUUGAAGUUGGUUGGUAGUAGAGGACUAUGGUGGUCAGCUUGAAGUUGGUUGGUAAUAGAGGACUAUGGUGGUCGGCUUGAAGUUGGUUGGUAGUAGAGGACUAUGGUGGUCGGCUUGAAGUCGGUUGGUAAUAGAGGACUAUGGUGGUCGGCUUGAAGUUGGUUGGUAGUAGAGGACUAUGGUGGUCAGCUUGAAGGUGGUUGGUAAUAAAGCACUAUGGUGGUCGGCUUGAAGCCUGUCAUAAAGGACUAUGGUGGUCAGCUUUAAGCAUUUGGUAUUGUGGAUUAAUGUGGUCAGCUUGUAGCCUAUUACUAUUAGGGACUAGGUCAGGUAGAGGUUGAAGAUAUCUUUGAAAUGACUUUGGCAGCUUUUAUGAAUUGAUUGAUCUGAAAUCAGCUGCCCUAACUUUAAUCUUAAAGAGCUUAGGAGCAACGUAAAACAAAACACUUCAGUUUAAAAGUAAAACAAAUAUACACAUCAAGUAUAAAAAUGGUUAGGGUCGGUGUUGUUGCUCCUAGGGGCCAAAUAAGGGGUGUCUUGUAGAGCAGCUCUGUCCAGGGUUCUAAGUAUGAUUGCAGCCAAUCAACAGUGAAUUGGCUUAUUGUGAAUGGAGGUAAUUAGCCAGAUGAGUGUUGUCCUCAAAGCCAUUCCUUCCAGGUGACUUCUUGGUUGAGCAGUAUGCUGUGUGAAAACAUGCAGAACGCCUGACAGGAUGUCUGUGUUAAGAGAAGCAAUCUGUUGUUAUACCAGACGUGACAAAUUAGGCACCAGCUACACAAGUAGGUCAGAAGGUGGGAAGAUACUGAUUGCAGUGUUUACAAUAGGAAAUAAUCAUAUUGUAAUCCUUUUGGUUGUUGUUAUGCACAUUAAAUAUGUCAUAAUUAA